CGAAAAAAGAAGAGGAGAAAAGAAAGGAAACAAAAAGGGACGGAAAAAAAAGGGCUAAAAAAAACAGAAGCAGCAGGUUUUACAGGCGAGUAGCUGCUUGGAUAGCAGUCAAAAGAAGAGAGGCUCUGACUAGUGGGGGAAAAAGAGGAAAAAUCGUAGGCUCUGGCUAGUGGGGAAAAAAGAGGAAAAAUCGUAGACAAGUAAGAAGAAUGGAGGAAGACCGAAGAAGCAAUCAAAGACCAUCUAGGAGUAGGGAUGCUUAGCAAGCUCAAAAACACAGCACAAAAGCAUCUUCUUCUUCUUCCUCCUCUUCUUCUUCUUCUUCUUCUUCUUAUUGGGAUGAUGAUUUGGACGGUGGUGGUGAAAUUGGGGACGAAAAGGAGGACAUGGGUAGCUCUGUUCGUCCUCGUCUAUGCACUCCUACUCUCUUCCUCUUGGAACCUCAUCCGCUCCAUCCUCACCUGGUAUUCUUCCUCCACCAUUGGCUUAUGGCCCGCCCUCUACGCCUCCCUCCUCUUCGGGGGCGUCUUCGGCCUCCUCUCCAUGGCUGCUGCCUUCGCUAUUGUCCUCCCUGCCACUGUCGUUACUUGGAUCACCGUCCUUGUCCUCCUCGCUUUCGCCGGCAAGCCUCGCCGCUCCCUUGUGGUUGAGGCCCGCAAGAUCACCGCUGAUAUCACCACCUUCGCCAUUAAGAUCGUCCUCAGGGAAGGGAAUAUUGUUGCUGCUGCCGCCGCCAUUCUCAGCUUCCUCGCACUGUUUCGGAGCAGCCGUAAUGGUGGGACUACCACUGAUUCAUCCUUUGUUAAUUAAUUAGUUAUCUUUCUAUCUAAUUCUAAUACAUCCCCCACCCUGAGUGCCGAUAUAAUCAUUGUGGAGAGAGAGAGAGAGAGAGAGAGAGAGAGAGAGAGAGAGAGAGAACAAUGCAAUGCUCUUCGCCAUUCCCUUUUAAUAUUUCUUUCUUUUGGCAAUGUAAUAUCUCUUCCCUGAGUGAGUGUUGUAAAACUAUUCAGCUAUUAACACUUGUUUCUUUUAUUUGAAAGGUUCAUGGCA